AAGGAUAACAAGUACAAGCAUUGCUUUGGGCUGACCUCACCAGAGUUUGCUCCAUUUAAUAGAAACUAGAAAAUAUGCUUCAUGAUUUGCUGGGUUUUGCCAGAAUUUGCUACUAGGGCUGCUAUAAGGUUAACAUCAGGAGCUGGCUGGGAAUGGCAGAUGACAUGUAUGAAGAGACAUGGCUAGAUUCUUGUUACCAAGAGACAAUACUACCAGGGUCACCAUGGAAACAGGUGAGAGAAAUUAUCAGCCAAGAGUUAGCUAAACGUUUGAUGAGUCUCCCACCUAAAUCAGAAGCCACAAAAUGCAUCUGCUAUCUUUUGGGGCAGCACUUUGUUGAUGAAUAUUGCAAACCUCCUGCACUAAUCCAGGGCCAAAGUAGCUAUGUUUAUUCGACACCCUCCAAAGAAGAACAUGAUUUAGCUAUCAAGUGGAUACAGAAGGAGAUAAAUAGCAUCGUAGGUGAUCUGAGACUGCGGGAUGGUAAGAUCUCCAGUGCUGUUUGGAAGUUAAAGGAUUUUGGACAGAGGGUUAUCUACCGGGGGAUGGAGAAAGAACUACUUAAAGCAGAGAAUGAAGAAAAGAGCAAUCCUAAAGCCGAUGAUCUCCACAUCACUGGGAUUCAAAGUGAAACAUUGGGACUAGCCAUCAAACAAAUUUUACUAGCACACCCAAAUAGACUCCAAACGGUCUGCCAACGUCUACAUGGUCAUCAAUUACCAAGCACCCUACGGCAACUUAUAUGGAAGAUCAAACUUUACCAAGGAGAUACACUAGAGACCCAGGACAUCAAAAGAGUGAUUGAGGAUGCUCACCAGGAGUUUGCCGAGGCCAUAUCUUGGGGCGUGAAGGAGUUAGGGAUCAGCUCUGCUGUUUGCUCACCUAUAGAUGGUGUAAUCAGACAUGCUGUGAGAGAGAUGUUCCAUUCUUCACCUGCCUUACAGGACAGGGAAAUGAUGACAGCUUUUUCCAAGGUUGCCACUGAGGUGCUUAACCUCAUUUAUGUCCACAAGAGGACCUAUGAACCUUACUAUGCCCUGCUACUGCUUCCAAUUAUUUGCACUUACACAAAGGAUGUCUGCAGCGAACAUGACAGCAUGGAACUUGCAGAACUACUCUCCCAUUUCCUGAAAACAUGUUUCCCAUCUCGUAUUGAUAUCUUUGCCACUGCUGACCGGGUGAUGUCCAGACUGCAGAGCGAUGAUCCUGAGCUACACCAGCACCUCUGCAUCACAAUGCAAACAAACAUAACCCAUGAGCCCCAAGAGUUCUUGGUCAACUUCGUUCACACCGAGCGAGAGAAGGCAAAGUCCAUAGGAAGUCAGCAGACAAAAGAUAACCUACCUUCUAACGCCAAGACCUUGUUAUCACAUCCUAUCAUCUUCAUGAGAAAAUGGAUUGGAGAGGGUUUUGUAAGCGUGCUUGACCAGCCGUCUCUUCUGUUCAUCUGGGAUCAGUGCUUCCUCUCUAGUUGGUCAUGCGAUGUUUUGGAGAAGAUAUGUCAUGUGCUACUACAACUCUCCCGUCCAAGGCUGAUUAAAACAGAUGAUUAUAAUUCAUUGAAGAAAGCUCUAAUGACCCACUCCUCCACGUUAUACACCCGGGAUAUACAACGGGGGCUCAUGCAUUUGCUGAACGGAGGAAGCCUUAGUGAAGUGGCCAAUUUGAGUCAGCCAAGCCAACUUUCUCUACAAAGCCUCGACUUGCCUACUACCAGCUCUCCAAGUCAUGCCUCUAGAGCCAACCAGUCCCCACUGGAGUUUCGCCGCACACAAGACGAUGGACAGGCCACUCCAGCAGCAACAGCUAAUCCACAGCCUGCAGCGUCGAGGGUUUCGCUUGACCUUGGACCUUUAUGGGUGGGGCCCAAGGUAGUGGCAGUGAUGGAGGAUGCUCCAGUUACAAAUGAUGAGUCAUUUGAUGUUUACAUUGAUGAGGUUCGGUUUAUACCUGACAAUGCUACAGUUAUCAAGGUGACAGGCCGAAUCCUUGACCCAUUUUGGCGAAAGCCAACCUCCCUUGACGUGCCGGACAUUGAAGCCUAUGCCAUCCUAGACUCUCCUGCCCGUUGCCCUACAUUUCACUUCCGGUACAGAGUAGGCUCCCCUACUGUUGGCGUUCCCGCAGACAUCGCACUUUUCCUCAGGGUUUAUACUGUGAAUGUGACCUCGGCAGAGCUUCUCGUGAUCGGGAACUGCGCUGUUAAACUGUACAGGGAACACGAUGGAAUGAAGCUGCUUAACACAGGUGGAUACCAGCGGCGCUUGAUACACGAGUUGCCAUCCACGGCUGAUAGACUCACGGAGAAUGCCUUUGAGGAGAAGACCAACGUACCUGCUGUUACGAUAUUGUUCCGGAUCCUACCACACUCAGAGGAAUUCAUGGAAUCACCAGGUUACACAAGCGGGUCCUACACUUUGAGCAACUUCCAUCCAAACGACUCAGAAGAGCAAUUGAGCAAACACUACAAAGCUUUCCAGCCUUACCCUCCCACUGUUAGGGAAGCCAUCCGUGAUGUUAUGGAGGAAGAGCAGGAGCACUCGGCGGCCAAUGCACGCGAUCAAGUUAUUGAAGACUGGUACAAGCAGCGCAUGAGCAAAGUGCAUCUUCAGGGGAAACCUGCAAAAGCCAUAGACUUAAGGGAGAUUGUCCAGUAUGACAGAAAACAGGGUAUGUACAUCAAGGUCGAACAAGCAUUUGGCUUACCUAGCGCCCAAUUUGUGAACACCUUUAUUCAUCUGAGCAAGGGCCCAACUGCGCGGCAUGCUCACCAGGGUGAGGAAAGGGAUACUGGUGAUGUUAGAUUGCUGCAAUCCACGAGAGACUUCAACAGUUUGCAGAAGUCACCCAUCUGGACUGAUCAACCGAAAAUAUUUCACCCUGACUAUGAUAAUAUCUCGAGCCUGAUUAUAAGGCUUUACUCACUUGAUGCUACGUAUGAGCCAAGAUUAGACCAACAGGGACCUGGACAAGUGACGGCAAGAGGAGGGCGGACGCCAGCACUGUCUCCCCAGGGCUGGACUGUUGUGCCGCUAUUCUACAGGAAGUCAGUCAAUGUCGGCAAGCAUUAUCUACCACUCUUUCAAGGAACUCCAUCUUUAACAUUCCUGGACUUCUUGUCUGGUCAUCCAGGGGAUGUGAGUCUGAGAGAAGCCAUUAAGCAGGAUGUCCACAAGCUCCAGGGGUUUUCCAGUGUAGUUGUUAAGCUUUGGGAUGGCCACAUCAGUGAAACAGACUCAUUCCCACUACCACUCCAGGAAAACCUACUCUCUAUUGGAAAAUCUGCAAAAAUCAAGAGAACAAUGCAGGACACCUCUGGUAAAGCAUUAUCUGACAUUGUGCUUCAAUGCCUGCCUCGGCAACAACGCAAACAGGGACGAGAAGGGGAGGCGUGCAACCGCGAAAAGAAAUUCUAUGAGGAGGCGAUGAAUAUGGCAUUUAAAAUUCAGAUGGAGGACGUCCUUUUACAAUUGGGUUUGAGUCCACUGGACUAAAAUGCCACAGGAGUUAUACUCGUUAUACCGUAAAUGCUUGUUUGAGCAUCCCCUCUCGGAUAGUCCCCCCCCCCCCUCUAAGGCGUAAAAUAAAAAAAUUAACCCAGAAAUAAAGGAAUCGCCAAAGACUCGUAAUACCGUAAAAGAUAGUCACUUUCUAUCUUUCUGGUCUUAAAAAUCACACAAGCCAACAUUAAAAGCUCUUUGGCAAAUGUUCAAGUGCGUAGGAAGGCUCCUGGCUCUUUUCAGUUCUGAAAUACAGCAUUUGUUCUAUUUCAUGUGUGAUUGACCUUGAAGAUAAAUCUUGCUUUUGAAAAGAUGAAAUCAGCGCCCCCCCCCCCUCGCAACUAAAAGGAUGUAGAGUACAAGCAUCCAGCACGCUAAAAUGAGCAUUUGCGGUGUGUAUAAUCCUUCGUCCUUCGACCUUCUCAUGUGCUCCUGGGUACUACUACACCACAACCAAGGUCUGUCCAUCGACCUUGUCAUGUGUUCCUGGGUCCAGCUUCACCACAACAAGCCAUCAUAGCGCAGCGUUCACCAGUAUUUAUCUAUUCCAAGCUUGGAAGCGAAAAAUGUUCCAUCACCUUGGGUAGCUUUCUGCACAACAAGAGGAAUCAGACAGUAUAGGCGUUUACUAAUAUUACAGAAAUGCUUGAAGCAAUCUACUGUAAAAUAGAAAAAUCUAUAACCCUGACUAGUCAACCGAUUGUAGCGUUUAAUGUACAAAGAUGUGUGCAUAUUUCAUUUACCCCUACUUUAAUAAAAGUGAGUGUAUUUUCGA